AUGUUCUCUAUAAACCGAUUCGAUCCAGAUUCAAAUAAAACAAAUCAAACAACAGAUACAUCAGCGCAAGAUCCUUUAGCAAGACUCAAUGCAAGAUUGAAAGCUAAAACUCAAACUAAAUCAGAAUCAAAUGAAAAAUCAAUCGAAGCUCAAAUUCAUCAAACCGCACCACGACCAAGCUAUCAGCUGGAAAACAAUGACAAUCCUCAAGACUCGAAGGUGACCUCAAUACCUACUCAAGUGAUUAAACCUGGUCUUAGUACAACUUAUCCAACAGAAGAAGCAGAAGCAGAAGCAGAAGAUAUCAUAGAGGAAGAAGAUCCAAAAAAACCAUUAACUCGUAAACAUAAAGCAAGAAUCGAACUUGGAUUGACGGGAGCAAAUGCAAUUCCAUUAGCAACAGCAGAAAAGCCAAAAGAAAAAACCAAAAGUAAAAAGAAGUAUUUGAAAAGAAAAAAAUUAAGAUUACAAGCCAGAAAAAAAUUAGAUAAGUCUAAAAAUAAAAAAGAUCAAAGCGAAUCUGUUGUUGAUACACAGGAAGGAGUUUCGAAUCAGGAUGGAAAAGUUUCGGAUUGUGAUGAAGAUGAUGAUAAUGAUAAUGAUAAUGAAUCAGAAAGUGAUACGAAAUCAGAGGUUCCAAUUCCAAAGAAAGAUGAGUCAUCCAAGACCGAUCUUACCCACCAAGAACGUAAAGAAACAUCUAAACAACCAUCACCAGAGCCGACUUCGAAAUCCCUAAAACGACCAAAAAACUUGGACAAGACGCUCGAAACAAUAGCCACAAAGAAAAGAAAACUAGAAACCUCAACCAUUCCAACCGAGAAUCCGAUCGCAGAAAUAAUUGAAGAUCUACCAACCCAACCUGGAGUUUUACCUAGAUUUCCAGCACCUACACGACCUUCUUUACCCGAUCCUCAAUUAUUAGCUAGAUUAGCAAUGGGUCUUACCAAUCUUGCUUCUUCUAAUGGAACCAAUUCUUUAAAUGAAGAUCAAAGUCUUUUACUUGUAGAUGAUGAAACCAAGUUAAAUUUGGAUCAAAUUCAAAUUAGAGGAGAUCAAAAAGAUUGUAAAGAUGAUCAAUUAGCGUUAAGCCAAUUCAUUAUUAAUCGUCUUAAAGAGAUUGGUAUAGAAUACUUACUUCCAGUUCAGAUUUCUGUUUUUUCUGCUUUGAUUGGUAAGCUUCGAAAUAAAAAGAUCACACCUUCAUCAAUCCUUUAUCCUAUAAACCAUCCUCCUUCGGAUAUUUGUAUAAAUGCACCUACUGGAUCUGGUAAAACCCUAAGUUAUAUUGUUCCCAUCGUCGAAACACUUUCCUCUCGUACUGUAGUCAGACUUAGAGCUUUGAUUGUACUUCCUACACGUGAUUUAGUUUUACAAGUCAAACAAACCUUUGAAUCAAUUUCAAAAGGCACUGGAUUAAAGCUGGCUAUUGUUACUGGUCAACAUUCCUUUUCUCAAGAACAAGCUCUUUUAUCUGGAAAUGCACCAUUUAAUACAUCAUCGGAAUGUAAAGUUGAUGUAGUAAUUGCUACACCUGGUAGAUUAAUUGAUCAUUUAAAUCAAACACCUGGAUUUUCUUUAUCUCACUUAUGUUUCUUGAUUUUAGAUGAAGCUGAUCAACUUUUAAGUAAAGAUCAAUCUUGGCUUUAUCAAAUCUUGAAAUAUGAAUUAAAAAAACUUUCAAAAACCCAUUCUAAUUCUAAACAAAUCAUUAAUUAUGAUGACGAGGAUUCUGAAAUGAUGAUUCAACAAGAAGAACUAAAUAGUGCUAGGAAUGAACCACUUCCAUUAUUGAAAAAAUUUAUGGAUUCGGUCGAAUGCAAUGAAAUUUCUUCUGAUUGGAGACCAUUACUUAAACUAGAAGAUCCAUGUAAAACUCGCCCCUUUCGUAUCUUAUUAUUUUCUGCUACGUUGAAACGUGAUCCAACUAAAUUGACCCAUUUAGGACUACGUAAUCCGUUGUUUAUCAAAGUUCAAAAUCCAUCUGUUGAAGUAAUCGAUAAUUUUAGUGGAUAUAGUUUACCACCUAACUUACAGCAACAUUUGAUUGUGACUACUCCUCAACUUAAACCUUUAACUUUAUUUCAUUUAAUCAAAGUUAGAGAAGUCAAAAAUGCGCUGAUUUUUUGUAAAUCAGUUGAAGGUGCAACUCGAUUGGUUAAUCUAUAUCAAUUAAUGAGAAAAGGUUGGAUGGAAAAAUCGACAACCGAAGCAAAUGAGAAUGAGAUAAAGGAUGGUGAGAAUUCGAAUGUGUUGGGCACUGCUGCUUUAUUCUCAAGUGAUUUGAAACCUAUUGAUAGGAAAAGAAUCUUGAAUGAAUUUCAAAAUGGAUCUAUAAACUUACUAGUUUGUUCAGAUGUAAUAGCAAGAGGAUUAGAUUUGCCAACAAUAGAAAACGUGAUAAAUUAUGAUACACCAGUGAAUAUUAAGAAAUAUAUUCAUAGGAUUGGACGUACAGCAAGAGCAGGUAAAUUUGGUCAAGCUUGGUCUUUAGUUGAAUUUCAAGAAGCAAGAUAUUUAAAAGAAUCUAUUAAGGAUUCACUUGGAAUGGAAUGUUUGGAAAAGAUGAAAAAGAUUAGGUUUAAGAGACCUGAAAUGGAAUAUUUAAUACCUGUUUAUGAAACUGCUCUUUCGGAACUUGGGAAGAUGUUUGGUGGAACAAGUGCGGUUGUUGAUUAA